UUUUGAGAAAGCCAUGGCGGCUGCAAGCAAUCGAUUUGCAGAAUUACCGCCCGAAGAAAUACAGAGAUUAUUAGACAAUGCUACAGCGAAGUCAACAGUGAAAGCCACAAAGUUUGGAAUGAAAAUAUUUUACGAAUGGCAGGCGAGCCUUGGUGGCGCUAAAUUCUCAAAACCGAUUGAGGAAAUGUCGAAAGAAGAGUUAAAUGUCUGCUUGAGGUCCUUCUACACCUCAGCAAGAAAACAAGACGGCAAUUAUUACAAAGCGACUUCACUGAAAUCCAUUCGAUCAGCAAUUGACCGCCAUCUUCGGUCGCCCCCACACAAUAAGCCCUUCUCAGUCAUCGCCGAUGCGGCGUUUACAGAAGCAAACAAAGUCCUCGGCGCCUUCGUCAAAGACCUGAAAUUAUCUGGAAAAAUAGAGGCUACUGUUCACAAGAAAGCUAUGACAAGGGAACAUGUUCAAAAGUUAUUUAAUAGCGGUCAACUCGGGCCAGCUGAUAGCAAAAAUCCGUCGCAGCUUCAGCGUACAGCAUGGUUUUAUGUGGGGCUGUAUUUCGGUCGGCGGGGACGGGAAAAGCAACGUUUUCUGAAGCGAGACAUGCUUGUUCAUAGCGUGAGUGGUGAAGGAGUGGAAUAUUUUGAGCUUUACAGAAAAAUGACGUAUUCUUUACCAUCUACCACCUCCGCCGACCCGGAUGACGAAGUGGAAUCUGAUACAAAGAUGUUUGCGGUACCUGGAUCCGAGAGAUGUCCAGUAAAAACGCUGAAAAAUUACCUAGCACGUCUGAAUCCUGCCUCUGACGUGCUGUUUCAAAGGCCCAAAGAUAGCCACAGCGUAAGGUUUAACCCCAAAGACACCGUCUGGUAUUCGCCCUCACCUAUCGGGAAGACAUUUCUAAGCUGCUUCUUAAAAGAGAUGAGCAAACGAGCUGGAAUUGUGCCACAUCUCACCAACCACUGUUUAAGAGCGACCUCAGUCGCUGUUUUAUCGCACGGAAAUUUGCACAGCCUGGGGCCUACUGUAGCAUCGUCAACUAUUGAAGUAGAGCAACGCAAAUCUUCGAUGCUGAGCAGUUUUGUAACUGCCGGCCAAGCUCCGCAGCUAUGCCACACAACCCCUGGCCGUGAUGCUGAUCAAAGAGUCAUAGGCACAAUGGUGGAAAUUCAACAAGCACAUCAACCCAGUGGAGAGAUAGUUUUUCAGGUUCGUAAAUUUCCAGUUUUAAUAAAGGACAAUCAAUCCGUUGCUGUGGCAAAUGUUCCCGCCGAAAGCAAUUUGGCGCAGACUGCGAGAACAACCCCCGCAAUACUCCCUAAACCAGUUUAAGUAUAUUUACAAUAAAUAUGAAAAUCAGAUUUUCAUAUAAAUAGCAAAAAUUUUCUGGUAGUUCUGGAGGUUUUUCUGAACUUGUUACUGUAAUCUUUUUUUUUUUUUCUUUUAACCUUGAAACGAUGGGAAGAGGUGAGGGUUUUCAGCAAAUAGGUUUGCAUGCACACUCUUUCACGUGGUAAUCUUAGCCAUCAAAGGAAACCAUUUGAGGUUUUUUAGAAUGUAUCACACAGGUAAAUAGCCCUUUUCACACAAGCUGAUUGGCUACUUCGGACGUGAUUGGCAAGUACUAUUCACUUCCGAGCAGCCGAAAAGACAGAAUCGCCCACGAGUAGUUUGAUUUCCGACUAUUUUUCGGUCAAUCGAGAGGAAAAAAAAACUAUUUUUGGUUUAUGUGUGGUAUACCCUAAAACAAUUAUUCAUCUCAAUGGAGGCGAAUAAUUAUAAGUUCUUAUUAACCGAGCGGGAGCUCUGUAUGGGAGAAUCUUGACCUAGGUCGCCGGUA